UACAAUCUAAAAAUUUCAUCAUUGACAAUGACGGGUCAACCCGGAACCGUCAACAUCCUUGAACUUCGCAUCAAGUUGAACCUGGAAGUGCAAGUGAACCUGCAAUUUGCCUGUGCAUUGUGCACGCCCGUGUUGGAAACUCCUGCGUGCUCGGUCAUGCUUGUGGGCUCCCUUGAGGAUGGGCUGGGCAGGAGCUCCAGAUGACCUGUACUGGAGCAGCGGCGGAAGAACCUCAGACACUGGCAACGACCUCUCAGCUGCUGUCGUGGAGAAUGCCCCCAUUGUGGUCCUUUUUGGCUGGAUGAGCUGUGAGCGGAGGCACAUCAGCACUUACACGCGGCUGUACCACGAGUGUGGCUGGGAUGCUCUUGCCGUGCGUCCAGGCACAUUGAACCUCUGGCUUCCAGGGCGGGCCCUUCGUCUUGCUCUCCAAGUUCUUGAUACACUGCUGGAAAGGACCCAGGGUGGUCUCAGGCCGUUGGUUUUCGCUGCAUUUUCCGGGGGCGCCAAGGCGUGUCUGUACAAACUCUGGCAGGUCUUGCUCGACCAGUGUCCAGAAGUGGAUCCAGAAGCUUGUCAGAAGUACCGCCCCCUGCAAAGCUGUAUUGUUGGCCAGAUCUAUGAUUCCAGUCCAAUCGAUUUUGUGUCUAAAAUAGGUGUCCGCUUCCUAAGCCACCCCCCAGGGGGUCAACAAAGCACGGCUCGCUUUCUAGCUGCGAAAGGCACUGCAAUUGUCUUGGACGGCUUGUUCAAAGGACACUUUGAGGCCGACAGGCGGGACUUUUGGCAGACACUGGAAAGGGCAGCGGUCCUGCAACCCCUCCUGCUUCUGUACAGUCGAGAUGACCCGCUGGCCCCGGCAGAGAGGAUCGAUGAGUUUGUCGCAAACGUGCGGAAAGUUGGGGCAGACGUAACAGCGGUUACAUGGCCCCAGUCCCUCCACGUAGGACACUUGCGCCUACACCGUGACGAUUACAGGACUGCAGUAUCCGAGUUCUUGGAAAGGGCAAGAAAGCGCUGGCUGAUGCUGCAAUCGACUCCUCUUGCACAUACGCAAACUGCUUCGAAGAGUGAGACGGGGUUGACCUUUGAGCGCUCGGAGCAAGCCUUAGAAGACACAGACACUGACAACAUUGAAGCUGUUCUGCACGUUCAAGUAGCUAGCGCGCCUUUUAUUAAGCAGUCGUCUUUCGAGCGCAAGGGGCUGCCACGUCCCCGCCUGUAAUUCCUCUUUCCUUCGACCGAAUACUGGACAGCUAAAUCUUUGAACUACUGGAACGAUUCAUUUGAGGCAAGCUGAGGAACGUUCUUGGGGAGGAACUACUUCGCAGUUUGGCGAGCGACUCUUCACGCACUGGCAGCAGGCGCACUUUUACGGCGUCGCCGUCGCUGAUUUCGUUCGAGCAUUCGGAUAUGGAAGGACGCAAGCUACCCAGAGCGACGGUAGUGCUCCCUGUCAAAACCGACAUAAAAAGUCCUAUAAAAAUCAAAAUUGACGGCGUAGUGUAGCACAGCUUUUGGACUUGUUCGCGGCCGGCAAACGCAAUGCCAGUUGCAGUUGAAAGAAGAUUCGCCAGCUCGGCGGCAGGUUCAAUCGGGAUCAGCU